CCUUUCAUUGUUAUACAAAAUGAAUGUUUCAUGAGAUGAGUUUUGUUGCCAUUUUAAAAUUAUAUUAAUUCAUCACCUGGACAAAGGAAUUUAGAUAUAAACCUUGUUUAACAGGUAGUAGAAAUUCCACAUACAUUUAAAAGAAAGUCCUCUUUACCAAACAGGCUCAAGAUGGACAGCCAAUAUAAUGUCGAAUCAACAGAGAAAACAACAACCACAACUAGCUCAAGUGGAGAUGUUGGAUUGGAUAAAAUUUAUAUGAAAUCUAUAGAUUCCAUUUUGAAAAUAGCAGAAAUGGUCCUCAGUCUGAUUGUAUUUAUCUGUGUAAGCUUCCACAGCUACCAUGGAGGGGGAUGGGUACAGUUUGUCAGCAUAUCUUGUUUGAUUACUGUACUAAUUUUAUGGAUCUUUUUUAUGCUGCGUAUAAUCUACAAACUACCAGGACCCUGGAUGUUAAUUAUCCUGAUUUACUAUGUAGUAUAUUGUGUGUUUUACUUAAUAUCAUUUCUGGUAUGUGCCAUACAAGCUGGCAACAAUGGACAAAAUGGUGGAUUUAUUGCUGCAGCUGUUUUCUGCGUGUUCAUCCUGGUUGUCCUGGGCGCAGAUAUCUUCUUCCAAUUCCGUAAGUGGCAGGACAGUGGCUCCAGCUUCUCGGCUAGAAGUACAACUUCUUCACCUGGUGGAGCUGCCACCACAACGACAACACAUACCACCUACGAAACACGUACUCAGUACUAAUGUGACAGCAACUGAGUGGUUCUAAAUUUAGAUGUUUGUUUGUAUUUGGUAGAAGGGUGUAGUAAAGAUAUGAUGUGAAAUUUUAUAUGCAACACAAAAUGUGUGUAGAAAAUUUAUACAUUGAUUGAAAUAUGAAUUAGGUCCAUCCAUCUGGUCAUCGUCAAAGUGGAUCAAUAUAAAUAUUGAGACUGCUUUUUUUAUUUUAAAGUAUAUAUAUAACAUGUAUAAUAUGAAAAUUUUAAAUUUAUUCCUCCACAAAAAAAUCUUCAAAUUUAAUGCUAUAAAUUAUUUAUUUUUUUAAAUGAUAAUGUGCUGACAAGUUUGACUUCUCGACAAAAUCUUUCCUUUCGCCAUAAAAUCAUUUUUUAAUGCUUCUAUAUCUUUGGUUGCAGAUAAAAUGAACUAUUAUUUUUUUCUUUUGUCAUAAUGUACUACAAUUACAAAACAAUAAGAUAUAAUUUGAAGGAAAUAAUUAAGAGUGAAGUGCAUAAUGAACCUCAAGAUUGAAUUAGGAAAAUACUUCAUGCUUAAAAAUACCAUUGACUAUAAAAAAUUGAUUAAAAAAAUAUGUCUAUUUGACUAACAUUGUAUAUUGAGCGACAUAAAAUUUAGUUUGAUAAAGAGGUUUACAAUAGGUGACCACACAUGAUAAUUUGAUAAUCUGGUUUUGUUGAACAAAUUCCUCAAUUUGAAGCAAAUAGAACCUUUUUACGACAUACUUUACAAAUUAUGAUAACAUACUCAGGCUCAUUUGAUGGUUAGGUGGGGAGAGGUGGUUUCCAUGCUUGAGGAUCAAGACUAUUUCUAUUGUCAUAAAACACCUGUGAGUCCAUUAUAGAAGUAAAAAACUCUUGCCUCUGAAAAAUAUGUCAAAUAAUACUGAGGCUGAUUUUCUUUCAGUGGUAUUUUUAAAUGCAGUGUAAACGUAAGAUAUGAUUUUAGAAGACAAAAAAUAUACUAAUUAGUAUUGUUUAGUGUUAUAAUGGAUAGUUUUUAUAUACUGUGUAUCAUUAUAUGUAUAUUUGAUGUUAAUUUAUUACUGCAGUAUGGGUGUAUUUAUGUCAUAUAUAAUGCAUAGUUUAUAUACUAAAUGCAGCAAUCACAUUUCUCCCAUCAUUUUUAUUGAUGACACAUGGUCAGAUCCUUGAUGACAUCAUUUUGGUAAAACCAUUGAUAGCUAUGGGUAAUUGCUAGCUUUUUUAGAACAUUAUCUCGUAAGAAAGACAAAAAAUAAUUGGAUAGUUUAAAA